CUUCCGGCGCCUUCAACUUCCCCACAAGGUAGAAGCCCAUCAAGGUAGAAACACAUCAACGCAGACACGGCUUACCGCCUCGUCACCGAGUCCUCGCGAUAGAAGAAAUGCGGGGUACUGAAGAUCAUAUCCAAUAAUUCAUUAAGGGACAUGUACUUGUGAAUCGUCAGCCAUUGGCUAUAGAAUUCAAGAUGCAGAUUUUAAUGGGGAAAAGCGUAAGGAAGAACAGCGUGUUCUCGCUAAAUAUUGACGAGGAGCCUUGGCUGCAGUGUUUUUUCACGUUCGCAAAAAAGACGUUCAUCUCCGAAUCCGGUUUGAUGCCCAUGAAGACCAUAUGGUUCAAAAGGUGGGCCUUGACAGAUUUACGGAUCGGAGAUUGGACCAUGUACGGCCAUCAAGGCACAGGAGACGUUGUCGGGCCUUUUAAAUGCUUUCUGUCGUUCUCCGAUUUAUCAGGAUCAUCCAGAUGCUUUACUUGUUCUGCCAUUCGACUAUGCGUUGAUCCUAAUUGCAAAUUAUAUUUUUUUUUUUCAUUUUUGUAUUAUACAAACAUUCGACGCCAGCCACGCAAAAACCAGAUGGCGGAAAUAUCGGCACGCAACUUUCAGAGAUGGGCACUCGUUUUUAGUGAUGGGAUAGUCGGGAAAAUCAUGUAAUUAGAGCGAGAGAUAUAUAUUGGUUGCGAGUUUUUUGCUUUAUUUACAUCUGUAGUUGUGCGUAGCUUCGUGUGUUUUUUUGUUUGAAGGAUACGGCAGCAGACAAGUUAAACGGCAAGCAACGCCUUCUGUAGAAAAUCGAAUAGAUAGUUUGGAAAUUAUCACGUUUUGCUGGAGGCAAAAUCGACAAGUUGCUGUGCAAUUGACCGGCCAUUAUUAAUAUAAAGCGAUUGUAAAUAAUAUACACCCAAUACAACGGAGGAGCUCAUCAGGUCACAUUUCCGACACUUGUCCCGCGGAGACGCCGCCCCAACUGGCCACAACUGCCGAGCUGCCGUACGAACAUAACCUCUUCAAGCAGUUAUCCGGCAUUGAACUGGAGGCUUGCCAUCCGCUGCUCCAAAUGUCAACAGGAUCUGGCACGGGUCUGACGGCCGCUCAGACGUCAUUUAUUGUGAACGAAGGUCUCCUAAUCGCUGAAGCCUGCUACACGUACCACAACUGGGCCGAACUGGAGCAGGUAGAUCUCCCCGAUGCAAUCUCCAUGUCCACCUUCCCCAACAACACUAUGAAUACUGACUAUGCCAUGACUUAUUUCAUACCCACGGCUACAUCCACUCCAUUCCAUGACCAGAAUACCAGCCCGAAGCAGUCAUAUGAAAAGACCUCCUCAGAGGUACAACACCUGAAUUCCAGCCAGAAGUAUAUAUCAUCCACCAUCAAGGACAAGAAGAAAGACACGCAAAUGAAUCCUGUCAAUUCAAAGCCCAGCAUCAUCUCCUGCGUGCAGGAGACACCUCAAAGUGCUACUACGGGAUCUCCUCGUAGGAAUGCGGGAAUGACAAAGGAAGAUUCGUUUAAGCACAAAUGCCGCUGCGGAACCUCUGGAGUGCUGGCUAACCCCAAAACUACCUGUCGCAAUAAUCGCUGCCGCUGCUACGUGUCUGGCAACUCAUGCAGAAACUGUCGCUGCUUUGGUUGUCACAAUCCCCAUAAGACGGAUUUACUUGAUUCCAAUGAUGAAGACGAAUUGGAAAACUUGGCGCCCCCAUCACUCCCCAAUCUCCAGAGCGAGAAGCCAGCACCAACAAACGCAACACCAACAAAACCAGCACCAGCGUUCGAUGGUCCCCAAUGCGGUUCAGUUUUAGUGCCCGUUAGCAAUCUGGAACAAUCCCUACAUCCUUUGGUUCUCGUGAAGAACGAGGAAGGGGAAUAUCAAUGUUUCAACCUCUUCCAAGGCAACGUACCGAUUGAUCCCGCCACAGUUGGCCUUCAGCUUAUCCGUAUGCAGAGUAACGGUUACCACAGCCAGAUUCCGGACUAUGCGUAUGUGAUGGGACCUUCUCUAGCGGUGCCUUAGGCAGCUCCACCUGCCAUCAAAAGGAGUGUACGUCAAAGUGGUUUCCAGCACGCGAUUUUAUUGACAAGCUGGUCAGUAGUGGCUCCUCCUUUAUAAUGGAAUUCUGCCGCUAGCGCACUCACAGUUCGAGGAGAUGUGGGAUACAUUUUUUUUAUUUUUUUUUUUUUAUCAUGUUUAUGAACAAAUGGUAAAAUAUUGUAAUGCUUUGCCCCAAGUACGGCUGUGGACCCACAUCAAGGAGAUGUGGGAUACAUUU